GCUCGUAUAGUCUCUAUGUAUGCCGGGCGGUGGAUGGGGUUUUAGCUCAGAGCAGAAUAAUAGACUACGAGCUGGAAAAUGGAGACCAUUGUCGCGGGACGACGCAAUCUUGUCUUUUGUUUGGUUUUGUGCGCAAUUUCUGUAAGCUUGGUGGCAGCGAUUCCAAUUCCUGCGCACUAUGACGGAUUCGGAAUUCCACCUCGCUCGAUUCCCGAGCCCGUCUUACUGGAAGCUUUCAUCGAUCCUAUAUGCAUCGACUGCAAGAUCGCUUGGCCUACUGUCACCAAAGUCUUAAGCAUCUAUGGAUCGUCGUUAUCAUUCAUCGUCCAUCCUUUUCCUGUCCCAUUUCACCACAACGCCUUCUUUGCAGCAAGGGCCUUGCACAUAGCCUCCAGCUUGAACUCAUCUUCCACUUUCCCUCUACUGGAGCUCAUAUUCAAGAAACAGGAUUCCUUCCUCAACGAUGCAACCAAUGACGAGACUCCUGCGAGUGUGGUCUCACGGUUCGUGGGCUUAGCAGCAGAAGUCGGUUUGCCUGCGGACGAGUUUGCAGCUGGGUUCACCGAUUCGAACACUGACCAAGCGACGCGAAUCUCGUUCAAAUACGGAUGCGCCCGAUACGUGACGUCCACUCCCAGCUUUCUUUUGAAUGGGAUUUACGUUUCAGCAGACGAGACAUGGAGUGUCGAAGACUGGGCCAAACUCUUGGACCCCUUGACCUCCUCUCUAUCCGUCCAUACCUUGGACUCCAGAGUGACCACUAUCUGAGUAGGUCCGAUCUCAACUCUCAGGUGUACGCUUGCACAUGCUCUUCGUCUUUUGUUGUAUCGAAGCACAUCGUCAUUCCACUCAGAAGCGGAACUUUAAGGCCCAUCGAGUUAUAGAAAUCGGCGUAUUACUCUGAAGCUCCCUUGUACUAUCAAUGCGUUUUACUAUAAAUCUGAGUUGCGUGAGCCAAGGUUAUGGUAUGGAAUGAUCUGGCCAGACUCCUGACGA